AUGCCUCCCAGGUUGAAGGUCUGGGCCGCGUGCCGGGCGUUAUCCAUACGGCCACGGCCUCUCAGUGCGCGGCCACCGCUGCGUUGCGCUGCAGUCCCCGUGCGAACCUUUGCCGAUUCUACAAACACCACUAACACCACUCCCGCCGUUCCCGCUUCUAAGCUUCCCGAAGGCUAUGAAGACCCGGAGCCGGAGAGCCAAGCGAAAAAAAACGAGUCCGAGCACGACGACAACGUGUUGCAGGCGCUGGACAAGCUCAAAAUGAUCUCGUACGGCCUCAAUCCCUUUGACCCCGCAGUCGAAGGCCACAAAUACGGAUUGCCACAGUUGCCGCUGCCGUCGCCGAUGCAUAUGAAGCACCGCUACGACGAUGUGGUUGUCCAGCUCACGAAGCUGAUUAUGCGGGACGGGAAGCUGAGCAAAGCACAAAGGGACAUGGCUAUGAUAUUAAACUACCUCCGAACCUCCCCCCCGCCGAAAAUAAACCCGUCCAAGCCUCUAAUGCCGGGCUCGCCCCCAGCCGCGCACCUCCCGCUUGACCCUAUCACCUACAUCACCAUCGCCAUCGACUCGGUGGCGCCUCUGGUUCGCGUACGGGCCUUGGCCGGCGCGGCCGGUGGUGGUAAAGCGCUCGAUAUCCCCGUCCCUCUAGCGGCGCGCCAGCGCCGGAGGAUGGCGUUCCAGUGGAUCCUGGAUGUAGUGGAGAAGAAGCCGUCCAAGGGGAGUGGACGCGGCAUGUUCCCAACGCGCGUGGCCGAGGAGAUCGUCGCUGUGGUCGAGGGCCGGUCCGGCGUCUGGGACAAGCGCUUUCUGCUUCACAAGCAGGCCACGUCCGCCAGAGCCAAUCUGAAUUAUAAAGCGCCGCCGAGGAGACAUUAG